CCCUCUCCUUCACUUCCACAUCUCUCUCUCUCCCCCCCAAACGUUGAACGGUUUUCCCAAAACAAAAAGCAUAUAGAAAGAAAAUAAACAUGGACGCCAUUGCAGGCACAAGGAGACCUUGUUUCAUCGAAGAAGACGACGGUCUGGCCUCCCUGGCCGACAUGGAGGCUGGAUUCUCCGGCAGCCACCACCACCACCAGAACCACGCGUUUUACUCUCGACCUUUGUAUUACUCGCGGCGUAGCAGCUUCAGGAGCCUUCCGACGACGUCGUUUCCUUCCUUCUCUUCUUCUUCGUCGUCGUUUUCGCCCAGAUCUGGCGGCGCGAGGUUCUACGACGCCAGGUUUGAAGAGCACCUGCCCCAUUUCCUCGAGGCUUGCUUCCUCUGCAAGAAGCCUCUCGCUGAUAACAAGGAUAUUUUCAUGUACAGAGGCGACACUCCGUUCUGUAGCGAAGCUUGCAGAGCAGAGCAGAUCGAAAUCGACGAAGCGAAGGAGAAGAACAUGAAUCUUUCUUCAUCAAUGAAGGCCUUGAGAAACAAGGAACAGAGAAAAUCUGCUUCUCCUAACAAAAACCGGGACUACACUUUCCGUACCGGCGCGGUCGCUGCCGCUUAGCUUAUUAAUAAAUAAAAAAGAAGCAAACAUAAAAAAAGAAAAUAGAAAAAAGAAUUAGCUCUUAUAAUAAUGAUAUACCAUAACCACAUAAGGGAAAAAAAAAAGAAGAGAAAAAUUGGUGGGUUCGGUUGAUUUUGCACGAAGAAGUAAAAGGGCCAAGGAGAGAAGAAGAAAAGGGGUCGGUGAAGAAGAAGGGAAAAGACCCAUGUAGAGGGAUUUUGAUUAUGUAGCUUUUGGAUGUGUUGUAUAGCGGGUUGAGAGUGUGUUUUUGUUGACUUUGAUCUGCUCUGCUCUAUGAUAUGGCUCUUCUUUUGGAUCUUUAUUAUUACUAUUUUUUUUCCUUUUGUUCUCGAGAAAUUGUGUGUUAAAUUUCUACGGUAAUGCAAAGCUGAAGAUGAAAAUUAUACUGAGAAAA